CCGCCCGGCCCCAGCCCCGCCCGGCUCCACCCGGCCCCGUUUCGCCCCGUUCCGCCCCGUUCCGUUCCGUUCCAUUGCGCUCCGCUCCGCUCCGUCCCGCUGUCUCAGGGCCAUGGCCGAGUGGGCUCCCGCUCAGGACCUGGAGUGGGCCAUGGAGCCCCACGAGCUGCCCCUCGAACAGCCCUUGGCCGCCCCCGAGGACGGGCCCGGCGGGGAGGCCGAGCUGCCCGCCGCCGAGAUCUCGGUGACGCUGGUGACGGAGGUUCAGGCCGUGGACAGGAAGGUGGAGGCUCAAGCGGCUCAACUGAUGAACCUGGAGGGCAGGAUGAGGAUGGCCGAGAGCAAACUGAUCGGCUGCGAGAGGACGGCCGUGGAGUUCGGCAACCAGCUGGAGAGCAAAUGGACGGCGCUGGGAACCCUCAUCCAGGAGUACGGGCAGCUGCAGAAAAGGCUGGAGAACAUGGAGAACCUGCUGAAAAACAGGAACUUCUGGAUCCUGCGCCUGCCCCCGGGGGCCAAGGGGGAAGUCCCCAAGGUCCCCAUGGCGUUUAACGACACUUCAUUUAGCUUCUCAGAGGACGAGUGGAAGAACUUGAACGAGUGGCAGAAAGAGCUUUACAGGCAUAUCAUGAAGGGCAACUACGAGGCCGUGAUCUCAAUGGAUACUGCAAUUUCAAAACCUGACCUCCUGUCACGGAUUGAGCAAGGAGAGGAUCCCAAUGCUGAGGACCAGGAUGACUCUGAGGGAGGAGAAACCCCUACGGAUCCCAGCACCGAGUUUUUCUUUCCCGGUCCCGAUGACAACUCGUGGAGUAAAUACGAGGAUACCCUGGCUGAAAGUCACUACGGUUCUGAAGAAGAAGAAGAAGAGGAAGAAGAAGAGAGCAUGGAGGCUCCCAAUGCAUAUGCGCAGCAGUGUGACGAGGAAUGCCCCGACAGCCUUGAGCUUCCUGGCUCGUUAGCGGGAAAGUGGGAUGAUGUUUUCUCAAACCCAGAGGAAGAGUUAAAGCCAAGCAGCAAGAAUCGGAGUGGGUCGGGCCCACAGCAGAGAGGUGCAGCAGGCAAUGGGCUGAGGCGCUCCUCGCGCCGUGGGAGGGAGCUGACAAAGAAGGAACCUGCCGAGGAAAUGGCCACAGUGGAGGGGCCGUACAUCUGCUGCGAGUGCGGGCAGAGCUUCCUGGACAAGGAGCUCUUUGCAGCCCAUCAGAGAGCGCACGUGGAUGAGGAAGCCUGCACUUCCCUGGAGGCUGGGGAGAGCUUCAGACAGAAGUCCAAAUCCUCUGCGAAAGGCCAACGCUCCAGGCCGUCCAAGCGCGCCAAUUCAGAGAAGGGCUCUGGCUACAAGUACGGCUUCAUCAGGCCGAACAACAUGGUGGAAAGGCCCUACACCUGCUCACAGUGCAAAGAGAGCUUCAGCCUGGAGGUGAGCCUCGUCCUGCACCAGAAGCUCCAUACGGGGAAGGGUGACGGGCCGCUGACCUGCACCUACUGCGGGAAGGACUUCCGGGACCUGUCCAAAGCCAUCCGCCACCAGCGCAUCCACACAGGAGAGAGACCAUAUAAGUGCUCUGAGUGUGGGAAGAGCUUCAUCCGCCGGGACCACCUGCUCAAGCACUGGCGCGUCCACACCGGGGAGACCCCGUACCAAUGUCCCGUCUGCGGGAAGCACUUCCGCUACAAGGAGUCGCUGAAUUGCCACCAGAAAAUCCACUCCCGCAACCCCCAGCCCAUGGAUGAGGCCUUGCAGCACAACCUGGAGACGGGCACUCAAACCAGCCUCUUCUGUUUGAAGACAGAAACCAAGCAGUAUGGGACGCGGGACAGCGGUGGUGGCCUCGUCCUCAUCCCUGUGCGGCUGAUGAGGGCCGCUCCCGCGGGCAGAGCCGGCUCCAUCCCCGCGCCCAUCACGGAGCCCCGACGGCGGCAGAACCGAGCGGGGGAAGCCGCGGGGCUGCGGGAUGGACGGGGGAUGGGGGCGGUGUCGGUGCCGACGCCGCCUCCGGCCGCCAUUUCGCACCGGGCCGCGACGCCGCGGGGUGUAUAUGUGUAUGUGUAUAUGUGUGUGUGUUCGGGGGGGGCGCGUUGCGGGGCCGCCCCGACGGGGCGCGUUGAUGCCGUCGGUCCGGCAGGGGGCGCUGUUUUGGCGGAGGGCGCCCCCAGCUCCGCUCCGCCCCGCCCGGCUGCGGCCCCCGGCGCGGCCCGCUCGGCGGCGGACAGCGUCCCGCCCGCCCCCUGCCGGCUCGGCGGGGCAGCGGCGGGGCCGGAGCGCGGAGCGGCGGAGCGGCGGAGCCGGGACCCGGAGCCGCUCGGUCUCUUUCCCCCCCCCCUCCUGCUCUCAUUGCUCAGACGCCCCGAGGUCCCUUCGGGCCGCGCCCCCCGCCCCGCCGCAGCCCCGCCGCCCCCUCCCCGCCCCGCAGCCCCGCUCCGCAGCUCCCCGGGCGCUGCCCGAUGCCCGGCGGCGGGCGGAGGUGAAGCAGCGAACGGGCGCCGGAUCCUCCCGGCCGCGGCCCCCCCCGGGGCACCGGGCAGGGAACAAAGGGCCAUGGCCGAGGGGGCUCCCGCUCAGGUUCCGGAGGUGCCGAUGCGGCCGCGCUGCCCCUCACCCUUCCGGCCACGCGCCGGCCCCGAGCGAACCUCGGAGCGAGAGACACAGACAGCAGAGCUGUCCCUCACCGUGGUGGCGGCCGUGCAGGCGGUGGAGAGGAAGGUGGACUCCCACGCCACCCGCCUGCUGGACCUGGAGGGUCGCACCGGGGUGGCCGAGAAGAAGCUGAUUGACUGUGAGAAAACGGCGGCCGAGUUGGGGAACCAGCUGGAGAGCAAAUGUGCCGCGCUGGGAACCCUCAUCCAGGAGUACGGGCUGCUGCAGCGGCGCCUGGAGAACAUGGAGAACCUGCUGAAGAACAGGAACUUCUGGAUCCUGCGGCUGCCCCCCGGCAGGAAGGGAGAGGUCCCCAAGGUGCCGGUGACGUUUGACGACGUGUCCGUCUGUUUCAAUGACAAGGAAUGGGAGAAGCUGGAGGGCUGGCAGAAGGAGCUGUACAAGAAUGUGAUGAAGGGGAACUACGAGUCGCUGAUCUCACUGGAUUAUGCAAUUUCCAAACCUGGUGUUUUGUCCCAGAUCGAGCAGGGAGAGGAACCGCGGGUCAGGAAUGAGCAGGACUUGGAGGAGAGCGAGAUGAUGAGCGAUGCCACCGCAGCUGGGAUCAGAGUCGUGAUCAAAACGGAGGAGCUGCUUCCUGAGGACAGCCCCGAGAACCCAGAGCUGCACGGGAUGUCAGGGCAGUCAGAGGGCAGCUUCCAGAGCCCGGAUGAAGAGGCCGCCUGUGAGAGCCCCUACGGCUCCGUGUCCCCUCCCCGAGAGCUGCCAGGCACCAGCCUGGGCGACCCCUCCGAGUACGUCGGGGACUACAGUGAGAUCCAGAGGGUCAUCGUGCACCACGGGAGCUGCACAGAGGACGGCAUCGUGAUCAAGACGGAGGAGGAGGAGGAGGACGACGUGGACGAGCCGUGCUCCAUGUUCUCGGGCUGCAGCGACCCGCCGCCGUUCCCCAGCCACGAGGCCGUGCUGGGCUGCGAGGCGCAGUGCAGCUCCAAGGCGGCUCCGCGCAGCCUGGCUGCCUCCCGCGUGCGCAAAACGCCGUCCUGCGAGAGGGAGGUGGGCGACAUGAAGCCGGCCAUGGCCCAGCAGCAGCGCAACCGCACCAGGGAGCGGCCCUACAUCUGCCCCGAGUGCGGCAAGAGCUUCAUGCUGAAGAUCAACUUUGUGAUCCACCAACGCAACCACCUCAAGGAGGGCCCCUACGAGUGCCACGAGUGCGACCUCAGCUUCCGCAACAAGCAGCAGUUCCUGCUGCACCAGCGCAGCCACACGCGCCGCGCCGUGGGGGUCCCGCGCCGCCCCGAGCACGGCCUGAAAGCCCCGACGCGGCCGCCGGCCCCGGGGAAGCCCUACAAGUGCUCGGAGUGUGAGAGCAGCUUCAGCCACAAGUCCAGCCUCAGCAAGCACCAGAUCACGCACGUCGGGGAGCGGCCCUUCACCUGCGGCGAGUGCCGGCGCAGCUUCCGCCUGCAGAUCAGCCUCAUCAUGCACCAGCGCAUCCACGCCGGCAAGAACGAGAUGGCCUUCCUGUGCCCUCAGUGCGGGAAGAACUUCACGCGGCCGUCACACCUGCUGCGGCACCAGCGGACUCACACCGGCGAGCGGCCCUACCAGUGCAGCCAGUGCGACAAGACCUUCAGCGAGAAGUCCAAGCUCACCAACCACUACCGCAUCCACACCCGCGAGCGCCCGCACGCCUGCGCCGUGUGCGGGAAGGGCUUCAUCCGCAAACACCACCUCCUGGAGCACCAGCGCAUCCACACGGGAGAGCGGCCCUACCACUGCACCGAGUGCGGCAAGAACUUCACCCAGAAGCACCACCUCCUGGAGCACCAGCGGGCGCACACCGGGGAGCGGCCCUACCCCUGCACCGAGUGCACCAAGUGCUUCCGCUACAAGCAGUCCCUCAAGUACCACCUGAGGACGCACGUGGGAGAGUGAGUGAGGGCCGCCCCAGGGCCCCGCCGCCGUCUCUCCCUCUCCCCCCACCCCCGGCUCAGGGCAUGGACACACGGACAUCACUCGAAGCUUCGUGGCAGCGCCGCCGCUCUGCUCGGCUGGAGGCAGCUCGGCUGAUGGGAAAUAAAUUAAUGAAUUAAAGCAAGCGCCGCGCGGCACAAUUCAAAGAUUAUAUAUAUAUAAGAUUAACAGAAGCAGCUGAUUUAGGGAGAAUCCUCACCCAUAGAGAAAGGAAGAAAGGAGAGAAACCUGCACUGGGUGUUUCGCUGAGUAGGACUCGGAACGGCUUUUUAAAUCUACUGUUUGGUUUUUUAAUAAAUGUGGAGGAACUUUU